UGUCUACCACUCACCCCGAAGUAACGAAAAGAAGAGCCUCGUCUGGAGGUAGAAACAGAUUUACAGAAAAUCACGAGGAACGUCGUUACCAAUAUUUAUGCCACACAUUUUUAUUUUAACUUUGGAGAAACACUGGGUAAUUCGGAUUCAAGCUAACGUUUGGGUUGUUCCUGCCGCUCCUUGUCUACAGGGGCUUGGAAUUAAGCCGGGCUCGGAUUGUCUGCUGCACUGAACUGUCUGCCUGGACUCAGCAAUAAGAAGUCAGCUGUUAGUUAUAGCUACCGGCAUUUAGCUUAAGGGACGUUAUUGGUAGAUUUUAGCCGCCAUUACUUUAUCCGUAUAAUACGAAGGCGAAAUACUUCGGAUAUUUAAUUAGAUGUUUCUUCUUUCCUCGAAACCAACUGGCUAGUACUGUAGUUAGCUAAUCUAGCUAGCUAACGUAACAAGUCCCAGUGCCCACCCAUUAAUUAUAUGCCAACGUUUGCUGGCUGGCAUGUUCGCUGAUCAGCUAAGUUUUUGAUCGGGUAUUGAUUGGAUAUAUCACUAGCUGGCGGGGUUUGGUCGCUACCCUGGCAAAGAAACGAGCGAAAAAGAGGAGGCGAAAUAAAGAACAGGGAGGACAGCGAGGGAACAAACUAUAGUAACAUUACUGUAGCUAACUAACAACGUUCGUUAUUAUUUGUGGCAUCCAUUUAUUAGCCAUCGAGCUCAUUUGUCAGCUUGGUAUAGCAGCAGCAGCUAGCUAUCUAGUUACCCAACUUGACAGCUCAGAUAUCAUAAACUAACGUUAACGUCACUGGGGUUAUAUUGCUUUCUUUACACAACAAGACCGGCCUUCCAUCGACAGUGUCACUACGUUACUUGCUUGGACAUUUUUGUUAGCUAGCUAAGCAAAUUUGCAACCGCUAACUGUUUAUCAAUGUCAGCAAGCUAACCCAGUUUUGUGAAGCUGUUGUGAGUGUCAGCUAUCUCCCCCCAGUAGGAGCUGUAGCGUGCAACACAUGGACGGAUAUUGAAUUGAGAGAUUUUUUUGGUACGAAAAACAGUAUACCUGAACAUCUUUCUAGUUAGAUAGCACCAUCGAAAAACAGUCAUGAGUAUCGAGAUACCGGUGGGAUUGACGGAAUUGCUGCAAGGCUACACUGUGGAGGUGCUUCGACAAAGGCCAACAGACCUGGUGGAAUUCGCCGUGCAAUAUUUCACGCGCUUGCGGGACACCAGAAGCCAAGAUGGGGGCGGUGCUGCUGUCAAGCUCGGGAAGGGAGUGGUGUUCGAUGGGGAGCCGAUGCAAACAGAGUCAAAUGGCGACGAUGAAGACGGGUCCGACGAGUCUGAUUUCGAGCCCCCUCCUCCCAGCAGAUAUAACCGGAGAGUGUCAGUGUGCGCGGAGGCCUUUAACCCAGACGACGAUGACGAGGUGGAGGAGCCGAGGGUGGUGCAUCCUAAAACAGAUGAGCAGCGCUGUCGACUGCAGGACGCCUGCAAAGAUAUUCUACUGUUCAAGACCCUGGAACAGGAACAGUUCUCAGAGGUCCUGGAUGCCAUGUUUGAACUGCGCGUCCAGCCCCAGGAGCAUGUCAUCGACCAGGGAGACGAUGGAGACAACUUCUAUGUGAUCGAGAGAGGAAUCUAUGACAUAGUGGUACUGAUUGAUGGCGUAGGAAAGUGUGUGGGCCAGUAUGACAACAAGGGCAGCUUCGGGGAGUUGGCACUGAUGUACAACACCCCCCGUGCUGCCACCAUCAUUGCCACCCAGGAGGGGGCGCUCUGGGGCCUGGACCGGGCCACGUUCCGUAGGCUCAUUGUGAAGAACAACGCCAAAAAGAGGAGGCUGUAUGAGCAAUUUGUUGAGUCUGUGCCCCUACUGAAGUCUCUAGAGUUAUCUGAGAGGAUGAAGAUUGUGGAUGUAUUAGGAAUGAAGACGUUUUCUGAUGAAGAACGCAUCAUCAUGCAGGGGGACAGGGCAGAUUGUUUCUACAUUGUGGAGUCCGGAGACGUGAAGAUAAUGAUGAAGAGCAAAAUGACGAAGGUGAACCAGGAGGAUAAUGCAGAGGUGGAGAUCACCCGCUGUAGCAGGGGUCAGUACUUUGGGGAGCUGGCACUGGUCACCAACAAGCCCCGCGCUGCAUCAGCGUAUGCUGUGGGAGAGGUCAAGUGCUUGGUAAUAGACAUUCAGGCGUUUGAGCGUCUGCUGGGUUCCUGUAAGGAGAUCAUGAAGAGGAACAUCACCCACUACGAGGAGCAGCUGGUUGCUCUGUUUGGCUCCAGCAUGGACCUGAAAUGACCACCCUUCUCCGUGCCUUACACACACGCGCACAUUUACAUUGAUGAACAGAUACAUAGACAUUGA